AGCACACCCACACAGGACAACCGCUGAGGCUGCUCGGUGACACCGCCUUCGACAGUAGGUAGAGCGCUCUCUUUCUUUCUGAACCUGUUGUCAGAAGUGGUGCAUAUUGGCCAAAAGCCACGUAAUCCAGCAUUUCCAUACGUUGGCGUAGUGCACAUUCAUAUAUUGCUUGUUUCCUGUUCUUGUAGCUGUCGAUGUGGUCGGCAGCGGGUACGUCAGCCCGAGUGCGGCGCGCCGUCGUGGUGUGUGCCGCUUCCACCUCGGCAUCUUACCCCUCCUUCCGUCUCCUGCGUGGGCGUGCGCGAAGGGUAACGCCGGCGAGCACUCGUGCUUUCUCUUCCUGCGGACUCAUUCAUCGCACGAGGCGCCGCAGCGCCCCGCAGAAGGGCAACCGCAACGGGGACGACGGCGGUGUGGAAGGUCGCACCGAUGAUCUCGACCGGGGCUGCAACAGCGGGGAAGCAACCGCGUCGCUGUCUCCUCCUCCUUUUUCGAUGCAGCCACCGCCACCGCCGCCGCCGCCGCCGGCCGAGUUGUCAGCAGAAGAGUGGCGCGAGUUCCAGCACUACCUCCGCCAAGUCGAAGUCGCCGACCCGGAGUUUCUGGCGUUCGCGGAGGGCGUCACCCAACCAGUGGAGGCGCACAGCAAGCGUCACCGUCAACCGCACCGCCGCUUUAUCGGCGAUGACGAAGCCAGCGCGGAGGCGGCGGCCGAGACAGAUCACUUACUGCAUGGCAGCUCCGUCAGGGGUCCGUACGUGCAACAGCGAGCCACCGAUGCGUCAGCACUCCCGUCUGCGCCGCCUCCCAUGUCCAUGGAAGACGUAACGGAACUGGAGCAGGAUCUCGCACAGGAAGACGCGCUGGAGGAGCAGCGGGCCACCGAGCACUUUCCCUUCUCCUCUGACGUGGAUGACAAAAGAGCCUCCGACAACGAUAACGCUGGCAGCGGUGCAACGAUGGAGUUUGGUUAUGACGCCGAUAGCGACGCCGGUAUUCUGGCCGCGCUGAAGGGUCGCGCGACGCGGUUGCAGAACGUGGCGGACACCGUCACGGCGCCGUUGCUGAUCCCCGGCAAGGACGGCACGGUCGCGGCACCACUGGCGGAUCCCAACUCCGUCUCCCUUUCCCCGUUGACUGUCCCCCGUGUGCACCUCCUCUCGUCGCAGAGCUAUCUCGUACAGCAAGACCGCUGCUAUUUGGCUCCCCGCACGCCUCCUGCGGUGCAGCUGCUCCCUCGGUCCACUACUACCGCAGCAACAGCAGCGGCGGCGCGGCAGUGUGUCUUGGUGGUGUUCUCCUCGAACGAUCUCCGCGUGCACGACAACCACCUCCUCGCCCUCGCCUCUGUCCGCGCGCGGGCGGCAGCAGCAGCGACGGCGGUGGUGGUGGACGGCGGGCACGGCCGCACGCCUCCCCCCGGGCGCCCCGCUCCCCGUCAUUGCGGUCUGCGUACUCGACCCUCGCACUUUCGCCCAGCCGAGCGUCGUCGGCGGCUUCUUCCGUCAGAGCCCGCAGCGGGCGCAGUUUAUGCUGGACACCGUCGCCGCCCUGCGCGCCAAGCUCGAAGGGGAGCUGCGGGUGCCGUUGCUGGUGCGCUGCGGGCGGCCGGAGGAGCACGUCCCCCGGUUGGCUGCGGAGCUGGGGGCGACGGAUGUCUUCAUGACGACGCAGUACGCACCGCACGAACGUCGGGUGCAGGCCCUCGCCAUGCGGCGACUGCGCCAAGGGGUGUGGGUGUCGCGGGAGGAUGUGUGUGGCGGCGCACGCGUCACGUCUGCGGCGGCGGCAGAUCCAGUAGGAGACGACGAUGCGCUGGUGGCGGUGGUGGAGCAUCACACAUCUCAGCAGCACCCCUACGGUGGCGCCGCCGCAGUGGUGGCCCCGCCCGUCGUGCACAGUGUAUGGCAAACCACCUUGGUCCACCUGGACGACCUGUCCACCCCCCUCGCGGCGAUGAAGGAGGGCGAGCGGUGGUAUCACGACGACGUCACCGUCAGCACCAUCCGCCCCACCGCACCCUACGACAGCGCGACGCAGCGACUGGCUGAGUUGUCCACAACGUGGCAGCACGACGCCCUCCUGCCUUCCCAGGAGGAGCGGGCCGGCCGGUCACCGCCGUCGGUGCUUCGAGGGGCGCUGCCCACGCUGGAGGACCUCGGCUACGCGGCGGACCGGGCUGACCUUGCCUUUGAAGAGGUCAUCGCCACCGAGUCCUCCCACCCGGCCGCUGGCGAGGAGGCUGCCCUCGCCCGGGUGCAGGACUGGCUCGCCGAAGACGGCAUGUCGUCCCUGCUUCGCUAUGGGCGGGAGCACCGGACGAACACGAAGAUGUACUCGCAGAAGCUGGCCCGGGUGUCGCCGUACAUCGCCGUGGGGGCCCUCUCGCCGCGCAAGUACUACGAGCUGCUCCGCGUGCACACCCACGCCAACAUGCGCGACGGCUUCGUGCAGCAGCAGUUCCGUGAGGGUGUACUGCGGCUGUCGCGGCGGGACUACUGGCACUGGAUGGGGCUCCGCUUUGGGGACCGCCUCUUCUUCUCGUACGGCCCACACCCGGAGCAGACGGACGAGGUGCCGGACUGGCGGCACGACGCGAAGGUGGUGCAGCGCUGGUGUAACGCGCUGACCGGCAUCCCGUUUGCCGAUGCAGCGAUGCGGGAGCUGGUGGGAACGGGCUUUGUUGCCCACGAAGGGCGGCAGGCGCUGGCGUGGCUGCUGACCCGCGGUUACGGUCAGGACUGGCGGCUAGGCGCCGAGUGGCUGGAGCGCUGCUCGCUCGACUACGACCCCUUCGUCUGCUACGGCAACUUCGCCUACAGCAGCGGGCUCGUGCUCGACGACUUUGGCGAGCCGGUGCGCAACGUCCACUACCUCGCCCACCACCACGACCAGACAGGGAUUUACAUUAAAAAGUGGCUGCCGCAGCUGUCCAAGGUGCCGCCGGUGUACAUCCACCGUCCUCACGUGCUCACCGCACGCAUGCAGGCCAUUCACAACGUGCACCUCGGACUGAACUACCCUUACCCGUUGAAGCUGUGGCAGGGGGCGCAGCGCACGCUGUCCGCGGCGGAGCUGCCGUCCUACUAUGCGCAAGGAAUUCAGCGCGGCCCUGGUUACGCGGAGGCGCUGCGGUACGGCAGUGCGGUGAUGCCGCCGGAGGAACUGCAUGCGGCGGUGUCGCCAGCGUAUCUGCGGCACCGCACCUGGGCGUCGAUGCUGCCCGCAUCUGCCUUCGCGGAGGGGGGAGAAGCAGGCGAGGAGGGGGGAGAGGCAAUGGCGGUGGAGAUGGGCGCGAAGUCGCGUGUGGCUGCCCUAGCGGGGACACAAGCGGCCGCGAUGGCGAAGUCCUCUGCGGGUGUUCAUGGGAGCGAGAAAGCGCUUGUGUAG